AUGAUUAAAGCUAUAUUUGCAAAUGAAUCUUACCUCAAAUAUCUCAGAUUUGUAUUAACUAAUAGUCCUGGAUAUCUUUAUGAUCAAGCCAAUUCAAUGAUGAAUGAUUUUGUCGAUUGUGAAAUAGAACGAAUAAGAACUACAGGCAUUUAUAUAUAGCCUUAGACUGCUUUUAGCCAAGCUCAAGCCAUAUAUGUCUUUCGUCUUUUAAAACAGAGUAAUAAAAUGGCAGUAAAAACUAAAAGAUUAACAAUUACCAGCCAUGACUAUAGGUGAAAAGAGUAUUAUAUAGCCAGCAGAGCUAAAAGCAGCCCUAUUAUAUAUACACUCUUUUGAUAUUUGGAUUUUUAAUACUUGGGGUAUUGGUUUUAGUCGUUGUUGGAUGUAUUAUUAUAACAUCAAAAAAAUAUGAUGAAUUUUGGAAUUUUAUUUUGAAUAAUGCGCAGUCCUCGUUAGCCAAGCUUAAAAGUUCAGCUAUUGAUAGACUCGUUCUCAUUCAUGGAAUUGAUUAUAGCUUAGAAUCAAAUAUUGAUAUAUCUGGAAAUCGCUUAAAAAGAAAAGUAAAAAUUUCUGUUUAUAUGCAAUAUAUUAAAAGACUUAUGAUUUUUUUUAUGGCUGCUAGUUCUUAUUAUCUUUUGAUUACCAUCUAUUUAUAUCCAAAAUGUGAAGAUUUAAUGAUAAAUCGUCCAAAACUUCUUAGCAACUUUAGUAUAUUGCGAUCCAAUCUUAGAAUAUUAGCAAUUUAUUCUAGAGAAAAUACUUCUCAUCAUUUCAUGAGAAAAGUUCCACAGUAUAUUAAUUUUCCCACUCCCUGGGCAAGCCUUAAUAAAGCCUCAAAUAUUUUAAGAGAGAAAAAUAAAGAACUCAGAGACAGUGAUAUGAAAAAUGUAAUGUCACACGAAUUAAGAAAAAGAAUAUUCGAAAAAGUUGACUCUGACACCAAGGUUUUAGAUUAUGGGACAGAAGCGGCUAUCAAUGCUGUUAUAUUUGAUUGCGAAAAUCGGGCAUUUUUUACAGCCUUACCCUUAGCAACAAUUUACUCAGUAUUUACAAAUGUCAUGAAAAUUCAAAGCGAAAUAAAUCAAGAAUUUUUAUUGGCAGAUCGCGACUCAAAAAAUCUCAUAAAUGAUAAUUUAGAUUUUAUAAUAUCUAUAACUGCAGUAUAUUCAGCAGCUUUGUUUCUAUUAUACUUUUGCUAUUAUUUGCAAUACUUUAAUUAUCAAAUUCAUCAUCUUGAUCGGAUCUCAAUUCUCGCAGAAAUUUUGCCAAUUGAUAUGGAAUAG